AUGGCUGCAGUGACCGAAGACACGCUCACAAAAGUGUCCACCGAUGCUGCAACUGACUUCGUUCAGUCGUUCUACUCUGCCCUCCAGUCUGCCCGGCCUACGAUCUCCAGCUUCUAUUCCCAACCUAGCGCGUCGAUUCUCUUCAACGGAAACGCAGUUGCCGAUGGUGCGGCUGUUCAAGAUAUAUUUAUGAAUCAGAUGCCAUCUACAUACUACGAAGUUCAAUCUUACGAUUGUCAAGUGCUUAACCCGAGCUAUCCUACGGCCGCAGGGCUGCAGCCUGACAUCCAAGGGCGACCGAGAGGCGGGGCAGCAGCUGCGAGAAACAUGUCAAUUUUGGUACUUGUGAGCGGUUACGUUCGAUUUGGAGAGGGUAAAGAAUCGUUUGACACGCCGAACCGAGGGUUUAGUGAAACGUUCGUGCUGGUGCCCAAUCCCCAGGCUGAUGGUGGGUUCAAAGGGAGAGGGAAGAAACAUUGGUUAAUCCAGAGUCAGAACUUCCGACUGGUUGUCUAA